AGAACAUCAGAAUAAUAUUACCUGCUCUUCCACCAUCCAGAUCUGCUAAUUUUAGUUUCCAUGCACGAAGGGCGUGCAUCCUGGUUCCUGACCACUCGUUUAAGGUCCAAUCGCAUGUUGUCAUUGACUCAAUCAAAAAUCCAUCUUUAUCGAUAAGACCCCUACCGUUAUCUAGAUGGAAGUUUGAGGAGAAGGGAAAGUCGCUGUGAAGGUGGACCCCUUUUGUGAAUCUUAUUUGAUUGUGAUUUCGUCAAAUUGACCGAACAACCCUUUUCAACUGUCAUUUAAGAUACUGGUAUAUAAGGACAUUAGAGUUAACCAAACGAGAGUCACUCUUGGGCAGUAUUGACUGGUCCAAGUACUGCUGCUUUUGAGGUGCCGUCAAUACAGGGGCUGGAGGAGGGGCAAGAUGAUGACCCGCUUCCCAAACAGCAUCCGUGGAUUAGAUAACGAAACCAUUACUACAUCAUCCAUCAGAACAAUUGAAAAUUUCAGUUGCAAAUCAAAACGCCUUUCUAUAACUUCCUUACUUGAAUUUAUAACAAAAUGAACGACCAAGAGGCCUUCGCCAUCGCUGUUGAAGAAGCAGUUAUAGGUUAUAAGGAAGGCGGCGUCCCAGUGAGACUACAUACCCCAUGCUACAACAAGAAAGCAAUUACUGAGUAACUUUGCAGAUUGGAGCUGCUCUGGUUUCUAGAGAUGGUAAAUUAUUAGGGAGAGGUCAUAACAUGCGAGUCCAGAAAGGCUCUGCAAUUCAUCAUGUAAGUAAAAAAACGUCACCUUCCAUUGCCAUUUUUCACGCUAUAUACCUUAGAGGAAUACCCCCAUCUUGAAAUCCGUAGUCCUACCGUUGUAGGAAAUUGCAACCGCUGUAAGCUUUUGCAACCGUGCUAGAACCGUCUGUAAUCUAAACAGAACUGUUGCACGACAGUUUUACAACGGUUGCAAAAUCACAACGGUUGUAGAAAUGGGGGAUUUCCUCUAAGGUACUCGAUUUGUCGUCAUCAUAUAUGCUUAAAUAGUCUGAAAAAACCCCGGGAGUAAAUUCUGACCAAAAUUCGUAGGGCGAAACAGCAGCGCUAGAAAACUCUGGCCGCCUUCCGGCAUCCGCAUACAAAGGCGCUACCAUGUUUACAACGUGUGUAUUUGGUAUCUACCCUAAGAUGCCAUUGGCUAACCGACCCUCCUAGUCUAUCUCCUUGCGAUAUGUGCACAGGAGCCUGCCUUCUUUAUGGCAUCUCAAGAGUGGUAAUUGGUGAGAACAAGACCUACUUAGGCGGAGAAGAGUACUUGAAGAAGCGAGGGGUUGAGGUUGUGGUAAUGGGAAAUAAGGAAUGUCAGGAAUUAAUGGAGAAGUUCAUUAAGGAAAAGCCCGAGGUUUGGUAAGUAGACAAGCUCUGACCCCGAUGGAAAAUGGCUGAUUGGUACUAGGAACGAGGAUAUUGGUGAAGAAAAGAGAGUAUAUUCCAAGGAGAUAAAGCAAUAGAUGACGGAAAGUGGCAGGUUAUUGGUUAAUGAUAAACCGCCAAAAACUUUUCUGCAUUUCUAGUAUUUCUAUAAUUUAUUUGCUGGUUAGUCUAUGCAAUUCUUCAAAAUAGAACUUGAGGUCAUCCGGGUUGACGCGGGGGGUAAUUCCUGUAAAAAGAUCAGC